ACAGCAUUCAAAAUCCAUAUCCGGAUCUCAUCGCGAUAGAACCGAGUAUAUAACUCAUCCCCGCGAGCUCUCCCUCUCCAGCAUCGAUCAGAGCAACAAAUCCAUGGCCCCAGCGACGAAAGAGCACUCGGCGGAGGAGGUGGACGGCCACUACGCGCUCAAGAGCAUCAUCUUCUCGGUGGUGACGCCCUUCGUGCUCAAGGCCGCGGUUCUCCUCGGCAUCCCGGACAUGAUCGCCAAGUCCGGCCCCCUCACGCUCGCCCAGAUCUUCUCCCGCCUCCAGGGCGCCACCAAUCCCCAGCCAGAUCUCCUCCACCGCAUCCUCCAGUACCUCGUCUACAAGAAGAUCCUCAGCGAGGAGACGAGCGGUGGCGAGACCCGCUAUGGAGGCACCGGGAUCUCCAAAUGGCUAGCCGAGGAGCAGCACCUCUUGCUGGUUUGCACGUAUGAUCACGCCGCUGCCUCGCUCCACAAGCUCCACGAGGCCGUGCUCCAUGGCGGGCAUCCAUACGAGAUCGCCAACAAGGUCCACGUCUGGGGUCACGACGACGAGGAGUACAACACCUUGCUCAACCAUGCCAUGGUCGCGUGGAGCAGCGUCACCAUCAAGCUCAUCCUCGAGGCCUACGAUGGUUUCAACGGGGCGAAGAAGUUGGUGGACGUUGGCGGCGGGCUGGGGAUGUGCGCGGGCAAGAUCAAGGCAAAGUAUCCGGAAGCUGAGGUUGUCAACUUUGAUCUGCCGCACACUGUUUCCAGUGCGCCAAAGACCCCCGGAGUUAAACACGUUGGAGGAGACAUGUUUGAGAGCGUGCCAGAAGGAGAUCUUCUACUCAUCAAGUCGGUCUUGCUCAACUUUAGCGAUGAUCACUGCGACAAGCUCCUGCGCAACUGUUUCAAGUCGCUGCCCAAGGGAGGGAAGCUCGUGAUUGUGGAUCUCAUCCACACCAACGAUGCACCGUUUGAGAGGGACCUGGACAUGGCCAUGUUUUCGUUCACCGAGGGCGGCAGAAUCAGGACCUUUGAGGAGUAUAAGGAGCUGAUCGAGCGAACCGGCUUCUCCGGUGUCAAUCUUGUCAAGAUGCCAUCCAGGGACCAAGUCAUAGAAGCAUACAAAGACUAGUUGCGUGUGCAGAAGAAUAAAACCAAACUGUACCUUUCGAGGCAUACUGGUUUCUCCGGCGAGAAUCUGGUGAGAGUACCUCGCAAAGGAACAAGUUAUGGAAGCUUGCAAGGGCCAAGCUAGCUAAGAUGGUUGUACGCUCGGCCCGGUAUAUUAAAAGCUAUGUACCUUUCUCUUUGAA